GCCUCUCCCCAGGCUCCGCCCAGUUGUUUCCGGAAGCGGAAGAGUAUUUGCUUCUACGGUGUCAGGCUCUCGUUCUCUCCGGUGUCACGAUGGGAAAAGGCGGCGGUACAUUCGAGAGGCUUUUGGAUAAAGCCACCAGCCAGCUUCUCCUGGAGACGGACUGGGAGUCCAUUCUGCAGAUCUGUGACAUGAUCCGCCAGGGCGACACUCAGGCCAAGUACGCUGUCGGUGCCAUCAAGAAGAAAGUCAAUGACAAGAACCCGCAUGUCGCUCUGUUUGCUCUGGAGGUUUUGGAGUCUGUGAUGAAGAACUGUGGCUCCACCGUACAUGACGAGGUUGCCAAUAAACAGACGAUGGAGGAGCUAAAGGAGCUGCAGAAGCAUCAGGUGGAACCAAAUGUGCGGAACAAGAUUCUGUACCUGAUCCAGGCCUGGUCCCACGCGUUCCGGAACGAACCCAAGUAUAAAGUUGUGCAGGACACCUACCAGAUCAUGAAAGUGGAAGGACACAAUUUCCCUGAGUUCAAGGAGAGCGAUGCCAUGUUUGCAGCAGAGCGGGCCCCUGACUGGGUGGAUGCUGAGGAGUGUCACCGCUGCCGCGUUCAGUUUGGUGUGGUUACUCGCAAGCAUCACUGCCGAGCCUGUGGGCAAAUUUUCUGUGGAAAAUGCUCCUCUAAAUAUUCCACCAUCCCCAAGUUCGGGAUUGAGAAGGAAGUGCGUGUUUGUGAGCCCUGCUUUGAGCAGCUGAACAAGAAAGGCGAAGGUAAACCUGCAGCUACCGGUGAACUGCCUUCUGAGUACCUGACCAGUCCCCUGUCCCAGCAGCCCCAGGUGCCUCCUAAGAGAGAUGAAGCCGCGCUGCAAGAGGAAGAGGAGCUGCAGCUUGCUAUAGCCCUAUCACAGUCUGAGGCUGAAGAAAAGGAAAGGAUGAGGCAGAAAAACACCUAUGGCAUAUAUCCAAAAACUGAGCCCACCCCUGUCACCUCCUCCGCUCCACCAGCCAGUACUCUGUACUCUUCUGCUGUGAAUUCAUCUGCUCCGUUUGCUGAAGAAGUAGACCCCGAGCUGGCCCGGUAUCUGAACCGAAAUUACUGGGAGAAGAAACAGGAAGAAGUCAGGAAAAGUCCAACUCCUUCUGCUCCUGUGCCAGUGAGCGAACCUGUAGUGCAGGUGGCUGAGGUGCCUCCUGUGAGCAUGGUGAGCGUCAUGGAGCAGCAAUACCAGAAUGGGGAAUCGGAGGAGAAUCACGAGCAGUUCUUGAAGGCUUUGCAGAACGCAGUCACCACUUUUGUAAACCGGAUGAAGAGCAACCACAUGCGCGGCAGAAGUAUCACAAAUGAUUCCGCCGUUCUGUCGCUCUUCCAGUCUAUCAACAACAUGCACCCACAGCUCCUGGAGCUGCUCAACCAGCUGGAUGAGAGGCGACUGUACUAUGAAGGUCUGCAGGACAAGCUGGCCCAAAUCAGGGAUGCUCGCGGGGCGCUGAAUGCACUGAGGGAGGAGCACAGAGAAAAGCUGCGGCGAGCAGCAGAGGACGCAGAGCGACAGCGACAGAUUCAACUGGCACAGAAGCUAGAGAUUAUGAGACAGAAGAAACAGGAAUACUUGGAGAUGCAGCGUCAACUUGCCAUCCAGCGCCUGCAAGAACAAGAAAAGGAGCGACAAAUGAGGUUGGAGCAGCAGAAACAGACGAUCCAGAUGAGAGCCCAGAUGCCAGCGUUUCAGCUCCCCUAUGCACAGCUGCAGUCCCUGCCAUCAUCCGGUGGUGUCAUGUACCCACCCUCGGGCCCUAAUGCUUAUACCGGCACAUUCAGUCCUUCUGGGUCAGUGGAGGGGUCCCCUAUGCAUGGGGUAUACAUGAACCAAGCUGGACAGCCGACAUCUGCUCCAUACCCUGGCAUGCCGGUGCCUGGUACCGAUCCCAGCAUGGUAAAUGCAUACAUGUAUCCAGCCGGAUCUGCUCCAGCAGCUCAACAGGGCCAGCCUGUGCCAACCACCAACCCAGCAUAUACGUCUUACCAGCCCACCCCUACACAGCCCUACCAAAGCGUUCCCUCCCAGAGCCACCCUUCCAUGUCCCAGAAUCCUCCAGCCAGCGGGAUGACUUACAUGGGUGGACAGCCUGUACCCAUGGGUUAUCAGCCUUACAAUAUGCAGAACCUCAUGACGAAUCUCCCCGGACAAGACCCAGCGAUGAGCAGCAUGCCCUCCCAGCAGCCUUUCCACCCUGGACAGCAACCUAUGUACCAGCCUAUGCCAGUAGGUGCCGGCCAGCAGCAACCUCCACAGCAGCAGGCGGCGCACGGUCAGCAGGUGCAAGGCGGGAGCGAGGCCCAGUUGAUCUGCUUCGAUUGAUUCCAGAAGACACGCUAUUUGUUCACGUAACCUGUCUGUGCCGGCGAUUCCUACCGACCUGUGUAGCAUGCAUACUCUGCCAGUACUGCUGCAGUAAAACACUACAUUUCUGUAACUGCCAUUCUCUGUAUCUGCCUGCCAUCCAUGAUGCCGGAAAACCACCGCUCUCCACUAACAUUGCAAAAAACUCCUUGUAGCUUAUCCGUGUCUUAGAAUUGCUUUAUAUGGAGGCCAAGUCUUUUACCCUGCACUCUAACUGCACAUCAUUGUACCAGUGGCGGCUGAUGGGAAAGAUCUAAACUGUGCCGCUGUUUGCUUAAAGGAAUUGUCACAAUCCCUUUAAUAUGGUGUACAGGGACAAAGGGGGGAGACCUUCUCAUUCUGGAGGACCGCUGGCAUCCUUGAAUUGAACAGAUGGCUGCUGAUCCGUCAGUGACCGUUCUGUGAGGAAUCCUAGGAGAGGAGGUGCCAGGGAUCAGCUAGUUGGCAGCCCCUAAAAAUCAAGGCUAAUAAUUCUCUUCUUCUCCCAUGUAGAGACAGAAGACAUGCCAUUUUGUCUUACAUCUCAUGCUGCUCUCUUACUAUAGGACCACUGGAAAUGAGGAAUAUCUACUGGUAAAUGUAAAAAGCCUGUGCUCCCGCUCCCAAGGGGUUCUAUGAGUUUUAGUAUUGAUGACCUAUCCUCCGGAUGGGUCAUCAGUAUGUGAUCUGUGGGUUUCCAACACCUGUCACUCCUGCUGAUCAGCUGCCUGGAGGGGCUGUAGUACUAGGACCCCAACAGUGAGUGCACAGAGCCUAAGGUGAGAUGAUCAAUAUUAAAAUCCCAGACAGCCCCUUCCAAGGGAACCUGACACUAGACUUCAGGGCACUGGCAUGUCACUACACUGCUGGGGUUUAGCAUUCUAGACCGAUCCCGCUCAGCGCUGUGUCUAAAAAGAAGCCAUAAUCCAACAUCUGCUAUGUAAAUUACAGGAGAGGAGUCCAGCACACCGCACUUUGCUGCGCAUGCGCCAGAUACAUCUGGACUCUUCUCUGGUAACUUAACAGAGCACUGAAAUGGACACGUAUGACGGCAGUGUAAUGACAUGCUGGUGACUUGGAGCCCCGUAGUUGGCCUUGUUUUAGCAGUAGGAGAAGGGACCUGUGCUGCCUUCACCGGCGUGUCUGGGCUUUUAUGAUUGCGUGUGUGAAUCCGUCUCCUCGGCAUUUUGUGCUCAACUACAUGACGUUUUACUUUGAGGCGAGAUCAUGAAUUAAGAAAUAACUAGAAAGGCCAAAGUGUGUUCCACCGUUACUUAUUAAAGGCCUUGUGUUUGAGGGUCCAUUUUUGUUCUUUUCUAACACACCAGAAGGUUCGGGGCACGGAGCCUUUUGCGGCAGUGUAUGUCGGGAAGAUUAGCUGGGCACAGACUCAAAUAAACAAAGUAUAACAUAUAAGAUAUAUAUUGGCCCAAUGAAAGCCAGAAGGAGUGGAUAUGUGGGGCAUAUAUUAUCAAGUUCUUGCACUUGGAUGGGGCUAGGCUGCAAUGUCAGACACAGCCCAGUGGAGAGGGCCGCUGUUUCCUGCAAACAAUAAAAAUACAUUUGAAGCUCUGAUUAGAGAACAUUUUUCAUCUCAAGUCUCACUUACUAUAGAAGAUUGUGGCUCAUUUUGCUGCUUUUAUUAUGUUUUAAAUAAAAAUGUCGCUGCUUGGAAA